AUCGAUUGAUCGAUCAUCAAUAAUCAUCAUCAUUCGAUUUUUAUCAUCAUCAUUUUUUGUUUUUGUUUUUUCCCGUACAAAAAAAAACUUAUCCAAAAAAAAAAAAUGUCGAAAAUUUCUCAUUUUAUAAUGGCUUUUAUGGCCAUUACAUUGACAAUGGCUAUUACUGGUACUGAACAAGUUUCAUUAUCAUCACCAGCAUACCUUUCAAUGAUUAAUGAAUUGAAUAGAAAUGAACAAGAACAACCAGAACAACCAGAACAACCAGAACAAGAACAACAACUAGGACUGCUAGGUUCAUUAAGAGAAAUUUUGGGACUUCCUGGUCUUAGACAAGAAUCAGAUGCACUGCCCGAGGAAUUAAUAAAUACUGGAGGUGAUGAACAACCAGAACAACAACCAGAACAGAGAAAAAGACAAGAACCUGAACAAGAAAAACAAGGACAAGAACAACUAAGACCGAAACAAGGACAACAAUCUGGACAAGAACAAAACUCUGUACAAGUACAACAAUCUGGACAAGAACAACAACCUGGUCAAGAAGGACAAGAAGAACAACAACCUGGUCAAGAAGGACAAGAAGAACAACAACCUGGUCAACAAUCUGGAGAAGAACAACAACCUGGUCAAGAAGGACAAGAAGAACAACAACCGGGACAAGAAGGACAAUCUGGAGAAGAACAACAACCUGGACAAGAAGAACAAGGACAACAAAAACCCGAACAACAAAACAAACGUCGAUCACCAAAAUUAUCAUUAUUACAAGCAAAAAUGCCUUGUGGACCAGUUAUGAGACCAAUGCAUAUGCCAAUGCCAAUCCCAAUGGCCAUGCCAUGUCGACCUCCGGUUAAAAUAUCUAUGCCGAUGCCAAUGCCAAUGCCAGUACCGGUGCCAAUGCCAGUAUCAAUGCCAUGUCCACAACCGGUAAAAGUAUCGAUGCCAAUGCCAAUGCCAAUACCGAUGCCUAUGCCAGUAUCAAUGCCAUGUCCACAACCAGUAAAAGUAUCGAUGCCAAUGCCAAUGCCGAUACCGAUGCCUAUGCCAGUAUCAAUGCCAUGUGCAGAUCAAUUAUCAUUAGGAUCGUUUGGUCAUUUUUAAAAAUGAAUGAAUAUACCAACACUUUCCUUCCUUCCUUUCUUCCUCUUUUUUUUCCCUAUUUCUAUUUUCAAAUAUAAAUUUCAUUCUUUUUAAUUUGAAACAAACAACCCAGAAACAUUGAGUCUUUUUCUUGUCGUCAACAACAACAACAACAACAACAACAACAAUAAUAAUAAUAAUAAUAAUAAUAAUAUUCAAUAAAUCAAUUUUCAUUUGAAAA